GAUGAUACACUAGAAGCAUAUAUUGACGAAGCACCGACCAACGUUGUUGCUGAUUCACCAGUGGAACCGGCUGAUGAUUCUACCUCUCAUCCUACGAUGACGGACCUCACAUUUGAAGAGUUCCUUAAUGAARCCACCAAGGAACAGACCACUGAAACGAUAGAAUCAAAGGAGGAAAUCACACCUGAAGAAGUGGCACAGGCAGAGGGAGAGGCACCAGCYAUACCCAUUCCUAUAGUUGAAGAAAUGUCUCCAUUUAAACGUUUUUUCCUGACAGGAAAAAUACACAAGCAGGUCAAGCAACCCAUGAAACAACCCAAGGAGGAAUCUAAGGAGGUAGUCAUGGAAGAAGUCAAGGAAGAACCCAAGACAGAACCCAAGGAAGAAGUCAAUGAGGAACCCAAGGACGAAGUCAAGGAGGAAGUAAUCCCUACUGAAGAGACAGACACACCAGCACCAACCAUUCCGGAUGUUGAAGAAGAAAUUAUAUCCCCGAUUAAGAAGUUUUUCACCACGGGAAUCUUCGCUGGUUUAAAUAAAAAUAAAAAAUAUUUAGGAGAGGAAACGCCCAAAGAUGAAACUGUUGAGAAAGAACACGAACCGCAAAGCAUUGAAAAACAGGAGGAUGUAAACACACCAGAGGAAGCUAKUCUUGAGCAAGAACAAACAAAAGACGAGAUCAGUCCAGAUGUUGAGACAAUAUCGGUCAUUGAGGGGAAACAAAAUGAGAAUGAAGUUCAAGAGACAGUAACAGAUUCCCUGAUGGCUGAGACAUCCAAUGUCCCUGAACUGAUGAUGAGUAAUGUCCCUAAAAUUAGUGACAAUAGAGAGGAUGUCCUUGAAGAGCAGCCAGCUACUGAGGARUUACAGACAAUUAUCUCAAAUGGAGCUGAACUUCUUAGCUUUCAAGAGGAAGCUAAAAGUCAAGGAAGUUCAGUCCAGGAUAUUCUUGAAGAGCAGUCUCCUUCUUUGGGAUUUGUAACAGUUAUAACAAAUGAAGCUGAAACAAAUGAAGACAAACUUCUUAGCUCUCAAGAGAAAGCUAAAAGCCAGGAAAGUCUUGAAGGACAGUUUCAUUCAUGGGGAUUCGUCACAGUCACAGAAUAUGUUCCUGAAGAGGAGCCAGCUCCUAAGGUAUUACUGACAGUUACCUCAAAUGAAGCUGAAACAAAUGAAGCUGAAACAAAUGAAGCUAAACUUCUUGACUCACAAGAGAAAGCUAAAAGCCAAGGAAGUCCAGUCCAAGAAGAGCAGUCUCCUUCUUUGGGAUUCCACACAGUUAUCUCAAAUGAAGCUGAACUUCUUAGCUCACAAGAGAAAGCUAAAAACCAAGGAAGUCCACUCAGGAAGCUCUUAUAUGGGGCUGGUUUGAAGAAGCUUUCUAGGAAGCGGAGAGGUAAGAAAUCAGAUGAGUUGACCAGGUCUGGUGAGCAUGUUACUGAGGAUUUACUGUCAUCCACAGAGUCAGAGGAGUACCAGAGAGGAGAACAUCCUGCCUCUUCAACAGAAGAAUUAGCAGCAGAGCAGGUAAAAAUGUCUGCUCCGUUAGGGUCAARCCACGAAUCAGAUAGUGAUGUAACCUCUGACGGUGAAAGGAAAAAUGGCACCUGGACUUCUUUCAAAAAGCUAAUGACGCCCACAAGACGUCCCAAAAGAUCUUCUGAGAGUGAGGAUGAGUUAGCACUUGUAGGCUCACAUGAGGAGCCAAAGCAAUGUGAAGGAGAGCAGGUACUAGAAUGUUUCACAGAAGAGACCAAAAAGAAAGUAGAAAUAUCUGUUUCUUGGGAGGCCCUCCUAUGUGGAUCUGCAAAGAGGAGGGGAAGAAAAACAUCUGACUCAGAGGAGGAAGCACCCAUGAAUGAAGGUGAAACACUAAGUGAACCUGGAAACACUGCAGAGUCUCCAUUGGACAGUUCUCAGGAGGGAGGUUAUGAACAUUUGACCUCUUCCCCUGAGCAAGCUGUAAGUUCCUUAGAGAGUGAAGGGGGGUCAACAUGGAAAUCCCUUAAAAAGCUGGUCACCUCAAAUAGGAAGGCAAAAACCGAGGAGGCCAGCAAAGUUAGCUCAUCAGAGCAGAUGGCAUCUGACAGCGAAAUCACCAAAGAGGAGUCUUCAUUUUCUCUAAAGAAACUCAUCCCUGGACGCAAAAAGCGAAAGCAUGGAGGAAAGCAGGAAMCAAUAUCUUCUGACGAGGCAGAUAAAGGUGUUGGAUCGGAUGAUGAGGAGGACUCUGAAACACCAGCAGUGGUCCCCAUGUCAGAGUUUGAUGCAGAAGAGCUAGGAGAGAAACACAGAAUAUUAACUGAGGCUGUUAUAGAAACUCCAUUACACAUUACAGAAGAAAUAACCCAGCCAGAUGUCUCUAGGCUGGUCACCGAAUCGGCCAUACCCAAAGACACCCUGCCCACUGAAGCAGAGAAGGCUCAAGCCAAAGAUACUGUGGAGCAGUUGGCCCCAUCAACAUCCCCCACUGCUACGAAAGACUUUGAGGAUCUUACGGAAUUCAUCAGUAAACAUCAGCAACUCAGUGAUAUACCUGAGGAAGGCGUAAUAGAGGAGACCAUUGCCACACAAGUGUCCACUGCUGAAGAAGCCACUCGAGACGAUACCAUAGCCGAGGACCUAAUCGAGUUGACAUCUGAAGCAGUCACUGCCCCAGAACCUCUAGAUGAUGAAUCAACAGAAAUGGUUUCAGCAGUGUCACAGCUGACAGAGGAGUCUCCCAAAACAUCAGGCAACACAACGCCUGUGCCUGCAGAAUACGAGUUGAAAGACACAGAGGUAAUUCUGCAUGAGGCGGUUGAAAUCAUUAACAGAACCCCAACUCUCUCAUCGGUAAUUACAAAAGACCUGCACUUGGAAGCAGUUACCGUUUCAGUUUCUCCACAAAUAUUACAGACACCAAAAGAGACGGAAGCAACAGUUUUGACAGCUCAUGAAAAAUCAGACGCAGUUGUAAUCUGCACAGGUGAAGAGUCRCAACAAAUAGAUGCUGUUGAUGAAAGCCCAGUGACUCAUGUGGUGGAGUGUCCAUUAGAAGUCAGCAAGGUAGUACCCACAGAGUUGGCACCUGAGGAAACUGAAGAGUCUGGUGCUGCAGGAAUCACUACAGAUGAGGUACAUAAAGCUGAAGAUGAAUCAAUUCCAAUCAUGCAUAUAAAAAUUGAAAAGGACCAACAAACAGAAUUGGUAAACGAGUUAGAAGAGAUAAGACCAGUAGCCACUGUUAAUUCAGAAGAGGGUGUAGCUCAGUUUGAAGGAAAGUCCAUAGUAGAAGACACUCCACAGCCUGAUACAGAGCGCCUGGAAGUGUCGGUCACAAACAAACUUGUUUUCACACAGGCUCUCACGGAGGUCACUCUUAAAGAAGAAAAAGAUGUUUCGGAUGAUUCGGAGGAUGUUUCGGAGGAUUCGGAGGAUGUUUCGGAGGAUUCUGUAGACAUGGAGAAUACACCAGUUGCAGAAACAAUCACAUGUGAUGUUCAAGAUGUCGCUACUGCAAUACCUGACGUUCUGAAGUUAGAAUCAUCAAAUGUUUUGGAAUCUUUGAUUGGCAUAGUGGCACCUGAAGUAGAAUCCCCAGAGAAAAUGGAUCGUGUGGGUGCUCUAAGCCCACUUGUAGACUCUUCUAUGGUUCAGACACUAAAGAAAGGGGACAUGGUUGUGAGGAAGAAUGUGCCGUCAGCACAGUUUGUUGAUGGUCUUGAGAUCCGAGUACAAGUGACGGAUGCAGAGAUAAAGUCAGCUGAAGAAACUGUUGAAACAGUGCUUGAAGUUAGCUCAACUGAUGUCAAUGAUCACGAGACUCUUGUACAACAGGUGAACGCUGAGAUUGAAUCAGCUGAAGCACAUGUUGAGACAACGCUUGAGUUGGGCACAACUGACGAUCACGAGAUCACAGUACAAGUGGCGGAUGCAGAGCUAAAGUCUGCUCAAGUAAUUAUUGAGAAUGUGCUUGAAGUUGGCUUAACUGAUGUCACUGAUCAUGAGAUCAAAGUACAAGAGAUGGAUGUAGAGAUUGAAUCAGCUGAAGCAAUUGUUGAUGCAGUUUUUGUGGUCUUAACUGAUGUCAAGGGUCAUGAGAUCCAAGUGCAAGUGACGGAUGCAAAUGCUGAGAUUGGGUCAGCUGAAGCGAUUCUGGAGACAGCACUUGAGGUGGUUUCCUCAACCGAUGUUAAGGAAGUCAUAGACAUUUGUGACAAAAUGGAGGACAAAGGAGAGGGUGAGAAUGCCAUUGAGAAGAUUGAGGAGGCCAUGUUUGAAGAGGAAAGCAGUAUUAUAACUCAAGAARUUCUCCAACAUGUACAGCAGAAYUCAUCAGAAGCUGACUCCAAUGUUGUACCACAAUCAAGUGAAAAGGCUGAAAUUGAAUUAACGAGUGAAGCCRAAGUUUCUAAAUCACCAGAGGAUAUACCAGUGGUGGCAGUUACAGAUGCUCAAGGAUGUACAGGUGUAGCUGCACAGGUGCAAAAUAAAAUUCACUUAUUUGAAAACUACUUAGAACUUAAUACUCAGGGAAUUGUGCACAAACCUUCAGACAAAGAAACUGAGCCCUCAAUUUCUCUCAAAGUUGAUACAGUAUGUGAGGAUAGAACAACUCCYGAGACAUUUGCAGAGUCUACUUUCGAGGUUGACAAAGUACCAGAUGACAUAGUUCCCAAUACAUUUGUAGAGUCCUGUUUGCAGUCAAAUGUGCAAGAAGUUUAUGGAACGGAGGUUGAAUUUUUUAUUGCGCCCGAAGUAGAUUCAGAAUCUACCAGUGGGCAUGAGAAAGAACUGGUUGGAAUGGUAGUACAAUCAGCAAAGGAAUCAGUUGAAUCRUUUGAAAAGAGACUAUCUAUUGAAUCCCAUGUCCAUAUCCAUCUUCACAUUGAACCCAGAGACGCUGGAGUGGUGUCUGCAGGAUUGGAUUCACCACCACUUGCUAUUUGGCCACCUCCAAGUACUACUGCAGUGAACACUGAUAGCUUUCUGAAAGAAUCAAUAGAAAGUGCAAGUACUACUGCAAAAAGUGCUGUGAAUACUGACUGUGUUCCAACAGAAUCAAUGGAAAGUACUCAACUUUGUGAAGUCAGUCAAAUUGAGCAAACAAAUGACACUGCACCUCCUGUGCCACUGCAUACCCCUCCAGCGCCACUGCAUACGACUCCAGCACCACUGCAUAUCCCUCCAGCACCACUGCAUACCCGAACUGAACUAGUGGUGUGCACCCCAAACCCUGAAGCAGAACAGGUAAUGAUGAAUGCAGAAGAGUCUAUCCUACACACAGAGGACGAGAAUGACCAAGAAGUGUGGCUGGAUGCUGAGGAAGAUUUUGGCACAGUAAAAUCCCAUGUCUUAGAAGUUCUGAGCAACAAAAUAGGUGGAGGAGUAGAGGAGAUGCUGCAGGUCAGUGAAGAGGUCUUUGAUAUUGCACUUGAGCCUCAAAGCUUUCAAUCUAUAAGUGAAAACAAAUAAGACUUCAGCCAUUCCAACAAACGGAUGUAUUAUGCUAAAAGAGUGCUGGACUACCAAGGAAUCCCUGAAAGAGAAGGUAGAAGUCCAUACAYGAAUGAUGACCCACCACAACGGAGGUAAAGCUGCAUCCAUCCUGACUUCCAUUACCAAGCACACUUUUGCAUCUAGAGACCUUCUUCAGCUCUUUGGAUACAUUCACAUUAGUUGCAAGGCUAUUAUAUCAGUAUGUCUGUUAAGUACUUGUACCUCUUUGAAUACAAUCCUUGUUCCUGUUCAUGUCAUAUUAUCAGAAGUUGGAGGUACGAUAAUGUAUACUACAUAUUAUCUAUGUUUGAAUUAAGACAAUUUGUCCUUCCCUUUGCAUCAGAUACGUUUAUUUUACACAGAGUAUCUGAGUUUAAUUUUCUUUACUCAUAAUGUAAUUUGUGGAUUGAACAGUAGUCUAACAUUUAUUUGUAUCAACAUAUAAUACACUCACAUUACAUUCAACACAGGACAUAUUUACCCACUGCUCACCAAAAGAAUGCAAAGACAAACUGUGAUUAGAUAUACAGGUAUGUAGAUUUUUUCAGGAUCUUUCUGUGUUUUAUCAGUCUUCCGUCAGACAGUAAAUGUUUGCUCAAAUCAGCACAUACCGGUAAUAUAACAUUUGCUCAGAGAUGUGUAGUGACUAGAAUUUGUAUCACAUUGCAUUUGCACGAAUGAGAUCAUUCCUCUAAAUAUUGCCAUUGAUCUUCAUCAUCUCAUAGAAUUAUAUAGUUGACUUACUAUAUGCAAAGUUUGCAAACUAUGCACCGCAAUGGUUAGUUGACACAGACCAAAAUACUGAUACAAAAUGCUUAUUUUAUCACUAGUUGCAUCUGAAAGACAAAACUAUAUUUGUGUAUUAGUUUUUUUGCCUGUGAAUAUAUAUGUAAAGCUAUUUUGUUAAGAAGUCACACAUACUGGCUUUGUUUGUCUAUAACUACAAAUAUAUUUGGUAAGUUUAAUUUCAGAUUUUAAAACUAUUGCAGAACAUAGCCUUAUUGAAUGCGUAUGCAAUGUCAUGAUGGCAGCUUGUUUUUACCUUUGCAAUAGUUUCAAUAUGUGUGUAUGUGUAYUGUUUUUCUUUUGACUUCUUGUAACAAAUUAUGUAAACCUGAUAACCUUUGUAGAAAUUAUAUAUUCCUGUAAAUGUAAUAUUAACUAAUAUCUAAAUGCAAAACAUAAGAGUUGCAUGGACAUUUUUAUAUUUCAAAGCGGUUAAUGAAAUAAAAUGCUAAUCUUUUUAUUACCACAAUGUUAAACAUUUGCACAACUGUUUUGUCAUAUACAGUUAAAGUCAGAAGUUUACAUACACCUUAGCCAAAUACAUUU